CCAGGGGAGCUCGCGCCCCGUGAGCCUCGCGCCCCGGCCCCCGCCCGCCCCGGCCCCUCCCCCGCUCGUGCCCCCCGACUGCCGGAGCCUGCAGCCCGGAGCCCGACCGUCCCUGCCGCCGAGGUUCCUGCCUGAAGACCAGCUGGGAGCCACCCACAGCCUGCUGCCACCUCCAACCCCAGCUCCAUCACCAUGCACUCCUUGGAUGAGCCACUUGACCUGAAACUAAGCAUCACCAAGCUCCGGGCUGCGAGAGAAAAGAGGGAAAGGACACUGGGUGUGGUCCGGCCCCGUGCUGUGCACAGGGAACUUGGCUUGGUGGACGACAGCCCCACGCCUGGCUCCCCAGGCUCCCCGCCCUCAGGCUUCCUGCUGAACCCCAAGUUCCCCGAGAAGGUAGAAGGACGCUUUUCAACAGCCCCUCUAGUGGACCUCAGCUUGUCCCCACCAUCUGGGCUGGACUCCCCCAACGGCAGCAGCUCACUGUCCCCUGAGCGCCAGGGCAGUGGAGACCUGCCCCCAGUGUCUGCUGCUCCGGACUUCCAGCCGCUGCGCUACUUGGACGGUGUCCCUAGCUCCUUCCAGUUCUUCCUACCCCUGGGCUCUGGAGGGGCUCUGCACCUGCCUACUUCCUCCUUCCUCACCUCCCCCAAGGACAAGUGCCUCUCGCCAGAGCUGCCCCUGCCCAAGCAGCUGGUGUGUCGAUGGGCCAAGGUGAGUGAGGGCUGGGUAGGUGGUGUGGGAUCCAAGGCAGGCCACCCCCACAUGGGCUCAAAUCCCUCUCUGGCCCCACAGUGUAACCAGCUCUUUGAGCUCUUGCAAGACCUGGUGGACCAUGUCAAUGACUACCACGUCAAGCCUGAGAAGGAUGCGGGGUACUGCUGCCACUGGGAGGGCUGUGCCCGCCACGGCCGUGGCUUCAACGCCAGGUACAAGAUGCUUAUCCACAUCCGCACGCACACCAAUGAGAAGCCGCACCGCUGCCCCACCUGCAACAAGAGCUUUUCCCGCCUGGAGAACCUGAAGAUCCACAACCGCUCACACACAGGCGAGAAGCCCUAUGUCUGCCCCUAUGAGGGCUGCAACAAACGCUACUCCAACUCAAGUGACCGCUUCAAGCACACGCGCACCCACUAUGUGGACAAGCCCUACUACUGCAAGAUGCCUGGCUGCCACAAGCGCUACACGGACCCCAGCUCGCUGCGCAAGCACAUCAAGGCCCAUGGUCACUUCGUGUCUCACGAGCAGCAAGAGCUCCUGCAGCUGCGUCUACCCCCUAAACCACCACUGCCCACCCCUGACGGCAGCCCCUAUGUCAGUGGGGCCCAGAUCAUCAUCCCCAACCCUGCUGCCCUCUUCGGAGGCCCUGGCCUGCCCGGCCUGCCCCUGCCCUUGGCUCCUGGCCCCCUUGACCUCAGUGCCCUAGCCUGUAGCAAUGGCGGGGGCGGUGGGGGUGGUGGGGGAAUGGGUCCUGGGCUGCCAGGCCCCGUCCUACCCCUCAAUCUGGCCAAGAACCCACUGCUGCCCUCGCCCUUUGGGGCUAGUGGACUGGGCCUGCCUGUGGUAUCUCUACUUGCUGGCUCUGCUGGCGGCAAGGCCGAGGGAGAGAAGGGGCAUGGGCUAGUGCCCACCAGGGCCCUCAACAUGGAGGGUCGCAAGACACCCCUUGAAAGGACGGAGAGCAGCUGCUCCCGACCUAGCCCAGACAGACUCCCCUUGCUGCCAGGCACUGUGCUGGACCUGUCCACAGGCGUCAGCUCGGCGACCAGCAGCCCAGAGGCACUGGCCUCUGGCUGGGUGGUCAUCCCACCAGGAUCUGUGCUGCUCAAACCAGCUGUGGUGAACUAAGUCUCCUGUGGACAGCUGUGGCAGCCCAGCCAACAACUCCUGGCCCUGCUCGACGAACAGAAACUCUCUGCGAAAUAGCAAUAAUGUCCUACUGCCCUGGGGCCUGGCUGGCUGUGCUCCCCAGGCAGCCCCAGCCCCAGCCUGUUGGGCAGCAAGGAUGGUGCUAGAAGGUCAUUGCUGGCUCCCUGGCUCCCUAAUGGGGACCUGGACCUGCUGUCCAAGGAGAGCUGUGCUCUGGGUGCUGAGGCCUUGCUCCUCUCAGGCCCUCUUGUCCCAUAGCUUCUUCACAAUCCUCCCCUGCCCCUGGGUCCCUCUCCAUCUCCCACCCUGGUGCCUCCCUCAUCCAGUGGCCAAGCUGGGCAGGUCAUCCUCUCUCCCCACCUGCCAGCUAUGGGGAUGGCAGAAACUGGCCACCCCAGCAGUGGGGGAAGGUGGGUGGCACUUGCCCUCCCGGUAGCUCACCGGGCUCCUUCCCCAUCCCCCUCCCUUGCUCACUCAGCCUCUGUCCUAGGGGCUCUUUGGACCCCUUUCUCUCUGGCCCACCCUCCAGAGAGAGAGUAAGAUAGAUGCAGGCAAAGACCCAGGAAGAAGCUGCCUCCCUGCUCCCUGAUAAGGUGCCUCCUGGCUUUAGAAGGGGGCCUGUUCUGCCAGCUGUCCCUCCUCACACACCCAGCCCAGGCAGACAGCACUGCCGGAGGGAGGAUACAGCUGAUGGCUCACUUGGCCCCUGCCACCCUGGAAGUGUGGAAGGAGGCCUGAGAGAGCCCUAAUUUGGAGGGAAGGUGCCACAUGGGCAGCUGUGGGGUCUGGGUGACCUGACAACAGGCCCAGUGCUGGCUCAGAAAGCAGGUGGGGCCAGGCUGAGUUCCAUCUUUACAUCUCUGCCACAGCUGGGCCUGGUCUGGGCAGUACCAGGUGCCUGCCUGUGUGGGAGAGCCUCAGGGAAAAGAGCUUUCUGGAGGCUGUGGACUGAAGGCCCCAUUUGGAGAUGGCCCCUUUACCCAGGAAGGGCUAGUCCAAGGAAAGACCUGGGCGAAUGGCAUGGGUGCUUCUAGCUUUCCCAGCUAGACCCCUUUCCUAGAUGUGUCUCUCCCUUCUCUCUUCCCCCGCCAUAGCCAGCUCCCCUAGGGUCUGGGCUACUCAGGGCCCAUGGCAGAAGCCAGAAUAACCUAAGGAUGCUGGAGGUCCCUCUGCCCAACAGCCACUGCUCAAUCCCACAGCAGUGUCUCUACCCUGGGCCUCUCACCACCCACACCCACCCCACUUACCUGCCAGGUGGGAGCUCUGGCUACUAGGCUGCAGAGUGGCCAAUCCCUUCCAUCUGCUCAUCUGCAGAACAAAGGAGCUGCCAACUGCAGUGGGGUCCUCUGGAGCCUGCAGUUCUCUGAGCAGCUCUGCUCACCCCACCCUUUCCUGGACUGCCCUUCUGUCCCAGAGGGGUCACCCUGACCUGGCCUGCCCUGUUGCUGGCCUUAGGACCCCAGCCCUGACAGGGACUGGCUGUGUUGGCUCUGCCCCUCAAAGGGGCUGUGAGCAAGUAGAAGGGAGCUGGUCUCCUUUCUUCAGGCCCCACCCAAGACCCAAGCACCCCAAACCCUGUUAGGGACCUAGGCCUUAAGGCCCCAGCAGGGGCUGUGGGUUUGAGACUCAAGCAGAGCAGAGGAAGAGGGCACUGGAAGGUGAACAUUAGCUCAGCAUGUGAUUCAGUGACAGACCAGGCUCAGAAGGCUGGUGUACUUUUUGUGUUGUUGGGUUUGUUGUUGCACAUUCCAGGAUAUCAGUAUUUUAACAGGUUCUAAGUGCCUUUCUAUUGUAGCUUAUUUCCCUCCUCUUGGCUCCAUUGCUGUUAGCAUAGAGUUUAAAAAAAAAAAAAAGAUAAGCUAAUGAUUAUAACAAUAUAUUCCUCCGUGUGAGAGGAAGUUUAUAAAGAAACAAUAAAAGUUGCAAAGAUG